AUGCCAUCCAUCAAAGACUCCAAAAUCGUCAUCUUCGGCGGCACCGCAGGCAUCGGCUACGGCGUCGCCGACAAAUGUCUCUCCGAAGGCGCCAUCGUGCACAUCUCCUCCUCCAACCCCUCCCGCAUCACCCAGGCCGUCUCCUCCCUGAAGGAGAAGUAUCCCGCCGGGCAAAUAACAGGCCACACCUGCGAUCUCUCCCUCCCCGACGUCGAGCAACGCCUCCACAAACUCUUCGAGGAAACCGGCUCUCUUGACCACAUCGUCUACACCGCCGGGGACGCCUUAGCCACCAAACCGCUCAAAGACAUCGAUCUCCAGUUCAUUCGGAACGCCGGUCACAUCCGCUUCGUUGUGCCGCUGCUCGUCGCCAAACUUGCUCUGCGGGUUCUGAAGCCGGCGUAUACCUCGUCGCUGGUCCUGACGACGGGGGCGGUCUCGCAGCGGCCGUACCCCGAUUGGUCUGUUGUCGCCGGGUACGCGGCCGGGCUUCAUGGGAUGGUGCAGGGUCUGGCGCUGGAUAUGAAGCCGCUGCGGGUGAAUCUGGUUAGUCCUGGACCAGUGAAGACGGGGUUGCUGGGGGAGGAGGUGGCAGCGAUGCUGGCGAAGAAGACUACGCUGGGGAAGGUGGGCAGUGUAGAGGAAGUGGCGGAGGCGUAUGUUUAUUUGAUGAAGGAUACGAAUGCGACAGGCAGCUGUGUGAGUUCAAAUGCGAAGUCUUUGUUGGUGUGA